AUGGAAUUGGUGGGCACACUAACAGGGCAUAAAGGUUGUAUAAAUAAUGUGGUAUUCGACUCACAUGGAGUCUAUUGCAUGACUUGUGGAAAUGAUCGCACUAUUCGUCUAUGGAAUCCGCAAAAAUUGCUGCCAAUCAAAAUGUAUUCUGGACCGCACAAUCAUGAAGUAAAUUGUGUAGCAAUAUCAUCCAAUAAUUCAAAGUUUGUAUCCGGGGGUGCUGAAUCUAACGUUUUCAUUUGGGAUGUAAUUGAUGGCAGUGUUGUUAACAAGUUUAUGGGCCACACGGGCAAAAUUACAACUGUCACAUACUGUGCCAGUGACAACAUAAUUGCAACAGGAUCACUAGAUACCCAAGUAAAGAUUUGGGAUAAUAGAUCAUACAAUAAAAAGCCUAUCCAGAAUUUUAUUGAUGCUAAGGAUUCAAUUUCGACUCUUGAAACAUCUUCUUAUGAGAUAAUAACUGGGUCAAUUGAUGGCAGAGUCAGGAUAUACGAUCUUAGAAAGGGGCUUCUAAUCACUGAUGAUUUUAUUAAACCUGUGACUAGCAUUUCAUUAUCGAGGGACAGAGAUUAUUUGAUAGUAUCGUUACUAGGAGGCAAUGUUCACUUUGUAGAAAAACGCACUGGUGAUACAUUAAAAUCUUAUAGUGGUCACUUGCACAAAGAAUUUAGACUAAAUUCGGUACUUGAUGGUGAAUGUAAAAUUAUUGUGUCUGGGUCAGAAGAUGGAAGAAUUUGCUAUUGGCCCUUAGAAGGGGGCGAUAUGAUGUAUCAGAGGGCUCAUAAGGGCCCAGUUAUGUGCAUAAAAUUCUCAAUGCGUGAAUUUAUAAAAGAUGGUGUUUUACAAACAGACCUGGAUUUGCAAGCAAGGGAAUCUCUAAAAACCGGCAAGCAAUUGAUGUUAUCAGUUGGUAGCGAUGGUUCCUUGAAGGCAUGGCAUAUUUGA